ACCAAGCCACGUGACUGCGAGCGAAACAUGUGGCCGUCUCUUUUGCUAUGGCGCAGGUACGUCUAGCAAUCUCCUGAAGCGUCUCUAGCUUUUAAUUGAAGUUAGCUAGCUGAUCUGCCUUUGAUCUACUGACUCAGGACAGUUGUUAACAUAGACAUCAAUACAUCAAGAAGCUUGGUAUAGAUCUACCCAAGUGAACUGUUUCCUGUCCCUCGAAGUCACCAUGUCCAAUGAUCAGGCUGGAGGACCGGGCAGAAUGCCAUUCGACUAUAAUGCACAGUUUGGAAGGAUGAACAUUAACGCCAACUCCUUCGUACCCAAUGUCCAGGCUCCAACAUUCGUUCCCGGCGGCCAUGGCAUGCCCCCUGGCUACUCUCCUCAGUACGCCGGUGGAUACCCUGUACAUGGUGGUCAUCACCCACAAAUGUAUGGAGGCCCCCCUGGAAUGUACAUGCAACCUAACAUGAUACCUCCACGAGGUGGAUACAUGAUGCAGCAUCAAGCUGCCAUGCAUGGAAGCAGUCAGCAGGGACCCCAACACUCACACCCUAACCAAGAGCCGUUCCCAGCAUCUAGUGCAGGUGUAUCUGAUCAGUCACCUCAGAAACCAUUUAAUGAACCCCCUCGACACACUGUGACGAAACCCACUAUUGUUCAGACCACACCCACCAUUUCUCCGCCUGAACCCAAACCGGUCGACUCAUGGGAGGAUAUAGCUGAAGAUGACUCGCCAUCUGAAUCACCAAAAACCACAGCAGUAGCUACUUCAGUAGGAGAGGUCACCUCUGACUCGGACAAAAAAAGAACAUCGGAGGCAGCAAAAGAUGAAUCGAUUGAGGAAGUAAGACCGAAAGCAACGAACGGUAGCAAGCCCAAAGGGGUUAAAGUGGACUCUGCAAAGUCUUUGUCCAUGCAAGUGGCACCCAGGGCUGUAGAUGAGAAAGAGAAUGUGAACAUAAUCUUCAUUGGUCACGUUGAUGCUGGCAAGUCUACCAUUGGAGGUCAUCUAAUGUACCUGACUGGACAAGUGGACAAGAGGACUUUGGAAAAGUACGAGCGAGAAGCCAAAGAGAAAAACAGAGAGACUUGGUACCUCUCCUGGGCCCUCGAUACCAACCAAGAGGAAAGGGACAAGGGCAAGACUGUUGAGGUUGGCCGAGCGUCUUUUGAAACAGAACAGAAGCGAUUCACUAUCUUAGAUGCUCCGGGUCACGCCGGCUUUGUGCCAAACAUGAUCAGUGGAGCAGCCCAGGCUGACAUCGGGGUACUUGUGAUAUCAGCAAGAAAGGGAGAGUUUGAGACAGGGUUCGAAAGGAAGGGUCAAACCAGAGAGCAUGCCAUGUUAGCGAAGACAGCUGGUGUGAAACAUCUCGUGGUACUCAUUAACAAGAUGGACGACCCCACAGUCGAGUGGUCAGAGGAAAGGUAUGAAGAGUGUAAGAACAAACUGACGCCUUUCCUCAAGAAGGUUGGCUUCCCAAAAACUGAUAUCUACUACCUUCCUGUGUCGGGUUUAACCGGUGCAAAUCUCAAGGACCCCAUCUCUGAUGAGACAUGCCCUUGGUACAGCGGUCCUCCGUUCAUCACUUACCUUAACGACCUGCCGCUUAUCUCAAGGGAAGAUACGGGACCGUUUAGAAUGCCCAUAGCAGACAAGUACAAGGACAUGGGCACAGUGGUGAUGGGGAAGGUGGAGUCGGGGGGCGUGGCCAAGGGGUCUAUCCUACUGCUCAUGCCAAAUAGAGUGUCUGUGGAAGUGCUAAGUGUGUUAAGAGUAGAGGAGGAGGUACCAACUGCUUACUCUGGGGACAACAUUAAACUGCGGUUAAAAGGAAUCGAGGAAGAGGACAUCUCUCCCGGUUUCGUCCUGUGUGACCCCUCCUCCCCGUGUCAUGUUGGCAACAAGUUUGAGGCCCAGAUUGCAGUCCUGGAGCACAAGUCCAUCAUCUGCGCCGGCUACAGUGCUAUAAUGCACAUACACUCAGUGGUAGAGGAGGUUCAUCUCAUUCAACUUAAGGCUCUAAUUGACAGAAAGACAGGGAAAAAAGCAUCCCAAAGGCCAAGAUUUGUGAAACAAGACCAGGUUGUCCUGGCAGUAUUGGAGACAGCUGGAGUUAUUUGUCUGGAAACAUUCAAAGAAUUUCCUCAAAUGGCAAGAUUUACCUUACGAGAUGAAGGCAAGACGAUUGCUAUUGGUAAAGUACUCAGGCUUCUGGAGUAGGGCAAUCAUCGGGCUUCCCACAAGUGAAACAUUCGUUAGUUGAAAUGACUUCCAUGUACUAUGUUGUUGUUGUCAUUUUUUUCUUUUUUUGCCUGUUUUUUGUGCUAGCAAAAUCUAAUACUAAGCACAACAAUUAAUUUUCUUAGCAAAUUCAAGCAUUAUUAUUAUUAUUAUUAUUAUUAUUAUUAUUAUUCUACUCAUG